GCGCUCGGCUCCGCCGCCCCACGGGGCCGCCCGGCUCCGCCGCCGCCGGGGAGGGCUCCCGCGCUGUGCCACCCCUGGGAUCGCCGCUGGGGCUGGCAUCGCCUCCAGCAUCCUUCGUGGCGCCUGCCGAACCGCAGGGCGAGGGAUCGAGAGCGGCGGCGCCUGCAGACCUCCGCGUCCGGGUUCCUCCCUCUCGGCCGGAGCCGCCCGCUGCCAUGUCGGUGACAGUGACCCUGGCCGGACCGGCGCCCUGGGGCUUCCGCAUCACCGGGGGACGAGACUUCAGGAAACCCAUUGCCGUGUCCCAGGUGGCGGAGCGCGGGAAGGCAGCCGCAGGCGGCCUCCAGCCCGGGGACGUCAUCGUCUCCAUCAACGGCGAGAGCGCGGCCGAGAUGCUCAACGUGGAGGCGCAGAACAAGAUCAAGCAGAGCGGCGGGCAGCUGCGGCUGCAGCUGGAGAGGCCCCCGACGCCGUCUCCCGGCCACGCCAACGGGGAGAGCUCUCCGGAGAGGCUGGCUGCUCGCUUCCAGGACGCGGUGAGGACGCGGGAGCAGAGCCGGGGCUCCCUGAGAUCCUCCUAUUCCAGCCCGGCCUCUCUCAGCCCACGGCCCGGCAGCCCCGGCUCCGCCGACGGCCGGGGGGAGCCGGGCACCGGCGGCCGCAGCUCCCUGCCCGGCGCUGCCGAGGAUCCCUCCUCCCCUCUGGGCUUCCCCCAGGAGCGAGGCAGCCGGAGCCGCCGGAGCAGCUCCCCGGGGCCGAUCCUUCCUGUCCCCAAGCACCCGCCGUCGCCGGGGGUCUGGGCCCCCGCGAGCCCCCGGCGUGUGACGGGCCAGGCUUCGCCCUCCCCGGAGCAGCGCGGCAGCCCGGGCUCGGAGCCGGCGGCGCGGCGCUUCGAGGAGGACUCGGAGGUGUACAAGAUGCUGCAGGAGAACCGGGAGCUGCGCGCCGCCCCCCGGCAGUCCAACACCUUCCGCCUGCUGCAGGAGGCCCUGGAGGACGGCGGUGCGGACGGCCCCGCCGCCCCCUUCCCCAGCCGGCUCUCGCCCGGCGCCCCGAAGCCCGGCGCCCCCAAGCCCGGCGCCGCGCUGCAGAAGCUGCACGCCUGCGAGAAGUGCGGCGGCACCAUCGCCACGCAGGCGGUGAGGAUCCAGGACGGCCGCUACCGGCACGCGUCGUGCUACGCCUGCUCCGACUGCGGCCUCAGCCUGAAGAUGCGGGGCCACUUCUGGGUGGGCGACGAGCUGUACUGCGAGAAGCACGCCCGCCUGCGCUACCGCGGCCCCCCGGCGGGGCCCGCCGCCCCCCGCGGCCCCCCGGCCUGAGCGGCUCCGC